AGUGUGGAAAUGGAGGGCGCAGAGGGCGGGAGAGCGGACUGGGAGAGGCGCAAACGAUGGACCAGGACUGGGAGAAAAGCGAGGGGAGUGGAGCUGAAGGAGCAGAGCGGAAGUGAGGCAGACGGGGAGCAGGACGAGGCCCGGGCGUCCGGAGCGGAGCGCGGGCCGGAGCGCUCCCCGGAGGGAGAGACGGAGAAGAGGGGCUCGAUCAGUCACAUCUUCCUCUCCCGUAUGCUCAUUAACUCCUCCGCCUCGUCCUCGUCUUCCUCCUUCACCUACACCUCUGACGAGAGCGACGACGUCUUCAGCGAGAAAGAGGACACCGCGACGAGGAGGCAGAAUAUGAGGAAGAGUCAUUCCUGGAAAACAUUUAUAACCAUGAUCCAAUGGCCAAUGCGUAAACAGAGUUCCUGGGUACAGCUGGCAGGACACCAAGAUAAUUUCCAGCCCAGUGAGGGAGGGGAGGUUCUGAAGCGGUACAAUGCUGUGGAGAAUUCCUGUUUGCAAGCUCUUAUGAAGGACUCCCUGCGGCAGUUUGUCCCGUCCUACUACGGUUUGACCAGCAGAGGGAGUGAGAGCUAUAUCCGAUUAGAAGAUCUACUGAGUGGUCUCGCCUGCCCGGUCAUAAUGGAUUGUAAAAUGGGUAUCAGAACCUACCUGGAAGAAGAGUUAGCCCGGGCACGCUCCAGUCCUUGCCUGCGCGCCGAUAUGUACCAGAAGAUGGUGAAAGUAGACCCAACAGCUCCUUCCGCGGAGGAGCACACACAGGCCGGCGUGACAAAGCCACGCUACAUGCAGUGGAGGGAUAGCAUGAGCUCGACUUCAACGCUGGGCUUCAGGAUCGAAGGGAUUACAGGGGAGGACGGAAGAAUUCUUCGGGACUUCAAGAAGACCCGAAGCCUGGACCAGGUGACCGACGCCCUCCUGUCCUUCACCAAGAGGCGGUCACACAUCCUGGAAGCAUACCUGUCCAGACUACACGCUCUCAGUGAAGCCCUGAAAGAGUCUGAGUUCUUCAACACCCACGAGAUAAUCGGCAGCUCUCUUCUCUUUGUCCAUGACCGCACCGACAAGGCCAACAUAUGGAUGAUCGAUUUUGCGAAGACCACCCCUCUUCCUUCCGGUGUGCAUCUGAAGCACGACGUUCCCUGGGUGGAAGGCAACCGAGAGGAUGGGUACAUAAUCGGGCUGUCCACCCUCACCUCGUUGAUGAAAGAAGCUCUCCAAGCUCUUGGACAAUAUCAGGAUGAGCGUAACACUCCUGCUCAGGCCGACCGUCAGACAGGGACACAGGGUGGAGCACAGACGGGCGACGCCGUUCGCGACCACGUUUAAAACCUACAGCAGGAGCGGUGCAUGCGGUCACCGUGCCGGUACCUUAGGCAAACGGACCAUCGCCGAAACCGGACUGAGCUGAAGAGCGACCGCUGACGGAAUCCAGCAGAACUUUGCCCCCCCCUUGGAGCGAUACGGGGUUAGCGGGAGUACCAUGUCGAAACGGUACACAGGCCUGCUGACUGGAUAAAGUGAAAGGAUGACUGGGUAGAUUUAACCAUGACUGUCCUUGGAACAUCAACCAUGUUGAUCUCAGAGAAAAAAAGAAAAAAAAAGAUCUGAUGUUCAUGCACACGCCACUCUGGCAAGCAGACAACCAGGAAAAGAUUUCAGUUUCCAGGGCAACAGAGGCUGAGUCUAGGUCCAAGACAAUAAAAAUGAGUAGGUGCACUGUACUGGGAGAGUUCUACAUUUGGUGUGGUAUGGUGUGAAACACAGCUGUUUAACCAGACAUUAUAUAAAAAAUAAACAGUAUUAUUAUCGUAUAUUAAAUGCAUGCUGCAGGGCGGCAGAGCUGUAGAAUGGUAAUGAAAUGGCAUGUUAAA